GUACUUGGAAGACUCUAGGGAUUUUUUGUUCUUGCUGAGAAAGCUUCUGCAGCCUGCAGAGCCCAUUAAAUAACAAUGGAUGGGCCAAAAAAUAUCUUUAACCAAAGACAACAUUAUAUUGUAAUUGGGCCAGCCUUACAUCAGCUUGAAUACGAGCCCAAAAUAAUUCCGAUUUAUGGCCGUCCGAUCUAGGGCUUCACCACUAUAUCUUCACUGUCCCCUCACCUGUUUUCCUUCUUCACUUCUACCGCCUCCAAACCAGAGCUCCCCACAGCGCAAAAAUGGUUCAGCGGCUGGUCUAUCGGACAAGGCACAGCUAUGCCACUAAGUCCAACAAGCACAGGAUCGUCAAAACCCCAGGUGGGAAGCUUGUGUAUCAGAGACAUAAGAAGAGGGCUAAUGGCCCCAAGUGCCCUGUUACUGGAAAGAGAAUCCAAGGGAUUCCCCACUUGAGACCUGCUGAGUACAAGAGGUCCAGACUGCCUAGGUGCCGUAGGACUGUGAAUCGUCCCUAUGGUGGUGUGCUUUCAGGUUCUGCCGUCCGCGAAAGGAUCAUCAGAGCCUUUUUGGUUGAAGAGCAAAAAAUUGUGAAGAAAGUUUUGAAGAUCCAGAAGAGCAAGAAAAAGGCAAGCUGCUAAAGUAUAAGUUGCAGGGAAUGGGUUUGUGCAAGAUAUAUGCUUCUAGAUUAAUUUUUGGGUUUAUCAUCAUGUCUUAGCAUUUCUUGACAAGGUUUCAUUGAAAUGUACUUUUCUCAUGCCUUUUGUUAUUCCGAGGUUUAUCCAGAUUUCUAUUUUCUCUUUCGUUUGUCGAAUGUUUGUCACACCUUUAUGCCAAGUUUGUUUUGCUUUUAUUAUGUUCUACUGAGCGUUUUACUCUUUUCUUGUACUAAUCUGCUAUCGUUCUUGUUUGUUCCU